CUACAAUUUCCUCUUUGGAUUCAACUACCUUCUCUAUCAAGCCUUAAUACCUUACUAUUUUCUACACAUUUACAACCUCGCAUUUCGCAUCAAUCAUCAUGUCUGAGGCUACCUUCCACACCACUCGCCAGGAAAUUCGCAAGCCGGAAUCCAAGGUUUCCCGGUCUCAUGAUGGCAAGACCCCUGCCGACUCUGAUGUCUCAAAGAUGAAGUCAAUCAUCGACCAGAACACCGACAAGCCCGCAGAAAUCGAGAAUACUAAAGCCAACCUGCCCUUGCCUAACCAACCCCCAGCGGCCAGUGACUGGAACUCUCUUGACCAGCGUACCACCGCUGUUGGCUCCGGCCGCUUUGAGCUCCCCCUGAUAACAGUGGUCUCCGUGAGGGCGCCACUGCUGGUAGCAGUGCCCGCGUUGAUGGUCAGGAGCUACACCAGACCACUGCCCCUGGCAACAAUAUUGGCCGCCAGGGUGUUGAGGGACUCGACCAUCUCCCCUCUGACGCUAGGACCCGUUAAAUGAUUAUAUGAGUUAUGGAUUUUAUUAUGUGUAUGAUAAGCCAUUUUUGUGAAGUCAUUAUGAG